CAGAAUACUAAUAAAAUCUUGGAAUAUAUAUUUAAUUUAAAUAUCAAAGUAAUGGCAUAGAAUGAUUCAGAAGUAACAAAAUCUUAAAGCGAUAUGCAGGAGAGUUCGAAAAAUAUUUAGAAGAAAGCAGGCCAUUGGAAUUAGGAAGAACAUGAAUCAUAUCUUCGUUUUUUACAAGAGAAUGCGAAUCAUAGCAAGGGUCAAAGAUUAUUUAAAAGAAUGAGUUAAAUAAUAGGAACAAGAACACCUAGUUAGUGUAGGUGAGAUUUUAUAAUAAUUUGAAUAGAUCUCAUCAUUAAAAAUUCAAUCCUAUGAAACCUAUAAUAAAGAUAACAUAAACAAGAUUAUUAAAAACGAAAUAAUUGGUUAGAUAAUAUAUGUAAAAACAUAAAGUAAGAGAUGAAGAUGAUGAUGAAUGAAUGAAUGAGAU